AUAGUUGCUUAAAUUGUUAAUAUUAUUUAGGAAUGGAAACGGUGCGCAGAAUGGUUCUAAGCAUAUUCUAUAGGCAGAAUCCAGCAGUUGGGGAUGCUGAGAAUGCUGGUGUUGAGGCGACGGCGACAGGCGGCGAGGAACCCAGCUCCAAUGAUGUGGUGGACUUAAUGCAGCAGCAGCAGGUGCAGGGGCAGCCACAGGGACAUGGGCCGGGACUGGGGCAGGUGCAACAACUAGAGCAACAGAUGGAGACGCCAAGACUCUAUCAGUUGGCAACGUCGGAUCAGCCAGUGGAAUCAGGGCCGCAGCGUUUUGUCGAAGAUCGCAUCGCGAACGUCGACUAUCACACGGAAUUUACGAACUUCAUUAAUCGCAAUGCGCCGCAGGGUUUCGCGCCCAAGUUGCACAACAUGUUGCCCUACUUGGGAAUCAGUUUUGUCGCCUGGCCCAGCUAUUGGAUAUGGCGUGGCAUCCACUGGCAAACGAGGCGCCGCAGCGAACGAAUUGGCCUCUACAUACACAGGACCUUUCAACAUGCCAAGCUGAUGCAAGUGGUGAUUUUGGGCAUUGGCCUGCUGAUGGCCAGCUCGGCAGGUGGUUCCUCGGAGUCCCUCGAUGUGCACGAGGUGGCCUAUGCGCCGAAAUCGAAAAGAUCGAAACACUGA